AUGGGUUUUAGAAAUUGGAAGAAGAAAGAUAAAAUUAGGCAACAUAUUGGAAGUGUUGGGAGUGUUCAUAAUCAAUCUAGACAGUAUUGUUUGAAUCUUAUGAAUCAGAAGCAACACAUCCAAACUGUUUUGAUAAAGCAAUCAAACCAAGCUCGCAUUGAUUAUCAUAUUUGCUUUGCAGCUUCUCUUGAUUGUGUGAGGUUUUUGUUGAAGCAAGGUCUUCAUUUUCGUGGUCGUGAUGAGAUGAAGGCCGUUGUGUUGGAAAAUGCUCCCGGGAAUCUCAAGCUAAUAGCUCCAACAAUUCAAAAAGAUCUUGUGAAUCCUUGUGCAACUGAAACUAUUAAGAAUAUCAUUAAGGAUAUGGAUGGUGCCUUCUUUUCUUUAUUAGUUGAUGAAUCACGUGAUAUAUCAGUAAAAGAACAAAUGACGGUGGUGUUUCAUUAUGUGGACAAAAAGGGGGAUGUAAUUGAAAGGUUUAUGAGCAUUCAACAUGUUAGUGAUACUAAAUCAAACUCACUAAAAGAGGCUAUUUACACAUUGUUUUCAAGAGAAGAAUGGAGCAUUUCCAUGCUAAGAGAACAACGUUAUGAUGGAGCUAGUAAUAUGAAGGUUCUUGUGGCCGUGGCAAAGGGAAACACCGAUGUUGCUACUUUCUUCACAUAUUCCAAUAGCUUGGUUAAUAUUGUUGGAGCAUCGUGUAGGCGAUGUGACAUGCUUAGAGAUCAACUACAAAAGGAUAUUACAGUAGCUCUUGAAAAUGAUAAUCUUUCAACAAGAUCUUUAUUGGGAGCCACAAAUGAUUUGUCACAAGCAUUACAGAGAAAAGACCAAGAUAUUGGGAAUGCAAUGUCUUUAAUCAAAGAUUGCAAGGAUGCGCUACAAAAUAUGAGAGAUAAUGGAUUUGAAGCCUUGCUUGAUCAAGUAUCUUCCUUUUGUGGCAAACAUGAUAUUGAGGUUCCAAACAUGGAUGAUACAUAUGUAGCUAAUUGGAGAUCACAUUGCAAAGCUCCUAGAAUAACAAAAAUCCAUCAUUAUCGUGUGGACAUCUUUAUUCAAAUCAUUGAGUGGCAACUUGUGGAGUUAAAUCAUCGCUUUAGUGAGCUUCUUCGUUUUGCUGAAUUUUAUCCUCAAGAAUUUACUCCCCAAGACCUCUUGGCACUUGAAGAUCAACUUGGGAUUUAUAUUCAUCAUAUGCGUGCGAGAAGUGAAUUUUCUCAAUUGAAAGGGAUCAGUGGCCUUGCAAGAAAAAUGGUGGAGAAAGGGUUGCAUAGAACAUUUAAUUAUGUCUAUUUGUUUCUGACAUUAGCCUUAACUUUACCAGUUGCAACUGCUUCGGUGGAGAGAACAUUUUCUGCUAUGAAUGUUGUGAAAGAGGUUGAACUUUGCAAGGAAAAUUCCUGGAUCCAUCCCUACGUGUUGAGGAUGAAAAGCUGCAAGCUUGGAUUGAGGUUGCAACAAGUGAGGAAUGAGAGGAGUAAAGCAAGUGAUAUGGGCGAGAGUGGUGGGGAUCUGGGGGAUGAGGACCAUGGGGGGAAAGAGGAUGAAAAACAACUACAAGGGUUGGAGAUUUCUGUGAAAUCCAGGCUAAAAGAGGUUGGAGACGAAGGAGAAAACAGAAACAACAUAGAAGAAAGGGCAUAA